GCCCCACCGCCGCCUCCCACGUGCGUCCUGUACAGAUACUACAGCGAGUUGAGAUAGCCCGGCUUCCCGGCCAACGAAUACUAUACUCACAAGGAGUUCCGGCCUCGUGUUCACAGAAUACACUCGUGUUAGGUUGAGUACGAGGACCCGUUUGUAAAUUCGUGUAAAGUAAAAGUAGCAUGUCGCCGGCGUUGAGGCAGACGGCGUGGUGCGUGCGGCGUCGCGGCGGUCGCGCGGCGCUGCUGCUGCUGGCGGCGGUCGCGCUGCUGCUGCGACUGCCGCUUGCCAUCGACGUCGUCGCUGACUUCCCGCGCACGGCCCCCGCCGCGCUCGCGCACCACCUCGCGGACUUCUCCAACUAUCAGCGAGCCGACGAAACUAUAGGCUCGUGGUGGGUGGAGGAGGAGGACGGCAACUACUCGUGGUGGCGGUACGCGGCGGCCUUCGAGUGCGGCGCGCGCUGCCGCGGUCGCGCUUUGCUGCAGUCGCACGCGCUCCACGACGCCGCCCCGCAGCACGGCGCCGCAGCGCGGCACACGGUUCAUCUGAGCGAUCGCCGAUGCCGCACUCUUCCGCUCCUGCCGUGGCCGACGUUUUGUGAUGAAUCAGAAAUCGAGAUGGAAGUGAGGCCGAGCGGCACGGGUGCGGGGUCGCGGCUGCUGCGCCGCGUGCGCUACUCGUGCGGCGCGCUGUCGCUGCUGUUGGGCAGCUGCCGACCCCCCGCACCGCAUGCGCCUGCCGCCUCCGCCCUCGCCUCGUAGAUUCCAACAAAAAAUAAAAAGCAAA